AUGGAAUCUAAAAACAUUAAGUCCUUCACGGCAGCGCCAUCGUCUGCGUGGCGGCGACAGGUGGCUCCACCAUUGAUAUCUCCCAAGCAAGAGCCUCAUGACAUGGCUGAGAAAUCACCGGCUCCAUCCAUUAUCAAAGUCACACUACCAACCCCAAAACCGAGACCGUCGGUACCACCACCACCACAGCUUCCACCGCGUGGAAAUGAUGCGGAUCGGCCUACGAAGGUAGACGGAGGAGGGCGGAGGAUAAGAAUACCGGCAACAUGCGCCGCCAGAGUCUUCCAGCUUACUCGUGAACUCGGUCACAAAAACGACGGUGAAACUAUUCAGUGGCUCUUAGAACGUGCUGAACCGUCCAUCAUCUCCGCCACUGGCACUGGCGUUACCGCCGUCUCAAUUAACGGCACCACCAAAAUCCCCACCACUGAAAAUAAUGACACUUUAACAGGCAAACGCAAACGUUGUGAUUGUGGUAACGUUAAAUUUAUCGACGUUAAACAAAGAAAUAAUCAUGCAAUUCGGGAAAAUGAAGCAAAAUUACCGAACAAUACGGCAACAAUUUUAGCUCCGGUGAUGUCGAUAGUAUCACCUCAGACAAUAAUGCCAGUGGGAUCAAUGUUUUCCGUUCCGGCGAGAAUAAACUCGAGUAUGGCAGCACCGUCAAUGGUUUGGUUAAUUCAGCAAACACCAUUGAUACCAUCAUCAAGGCAAAGUGCAGCUCAGGUGAAUUGUGUUAGUGUUAGGCCAGCAGCUACUUUCUUGGGUGUUCCAAGUGCGUCACUCAUUCCUGCUUCUGCUACCAAUGUCUCCUCCUCCUCCUACUCGUUCGGUCAUUGUUGA